AUGCGGGAAGUCGAGGUGGAGUGCGACGCCAUCAGUUUUUGCGCUGGAGUAGGUGCGUGCGAGAAGGGCCAGCAGUGGCAGCGGGCUUUGGCGCUGCUCAGCGAGAUGUCUGAGGCGAAGUUGGAGCCCAACGUCACCUUUAGCUACAAUGCUGGUAUUAGCGCGUGCAAGGAAGGCGACCAGUGGCAGCGGGCUUUGGCGCUGCUCAGCGAGUUGCGGCAGGCGAAGCUCGAGCCCAACGUCUUCAGCUACAACGCUGGGAUCAGCGCGUGCAAGAUGGGCGAGCAGUGGCAGCGGGCUUUAGCGCUGCUCAGCGAGAUGCAGGAGGCGAAGAUGGACCCCAACGUCAUCUUUAUUUACAGCGCCGGGAUCAGCGCGUGCCAGAUGGCCGAGCAGUGGCAGCUGGCUCUGGCGCUGCUCAGCGAGACGCGGGAGGCGAAGCUGGAGCCCGACGUCAUCAGCUACAGCUCUGUGAUCAGCUCGUGCGAGAAGGGCGGGCAGUGGCAGCGGGCCUUAGCGCUGCUUUCCGAGAUGCUAGGGGCGAAGCUGGAGCCCAACACCAUCAGCUACAGCGCUGGGAUCAGCGCGUGCGAGAAGGGCGAGCAGUGGCAGCGGGCUCUGGCGCUGCUCAGCGAGAUACGGGUGGCGAGGAUCGAGCCCAACGUCAUCUCUACUGCGCCGGGAUCAGCGCGUGCGAGAAGGGUCAGCAGUGGCAGCAGGCUCUGGCGCUCCUGGGCGAGAUGCGGGAGGCGAGGCUGGAGCCCAACAUCAUUCGGCCACAGUGCUGGGAUCAGCGCGUGCGAGAAGGGAGGUCGGUGGCAGCGGGCUCUGUCGCUUGCCAAUGAGGCGUGGGAGGCGAAGUUCGAACACCACGUUAUCAGCUACAGCGCUCUGGUCAGUGCGUGCGCGAAAGGCGGGCAGUGGCAGCGGGCCCUGUUGCUGCUCAGCGAGAUGCGGGAGGCGAAGGUAAGGCCCAACGUUGUCAGCUACAGCGCUGGAGUCAGCGCGUGUGAGAAGGGUGGGCAGUGGCAGCAGGCGAUGUCAUUGCUGGCUGAGUUCGGGAAAGCAAGAUUGGAGCAGGAUGUAAUCACUUAUAGUGGUUCGAUCUGCAUGUGCGAGCAGGCUGGUGAAUGGCAGCAGACGCUGUCAUUGUUUAGCGACUUGUGGGCGGCGAGCAGACUAUGGUGA